CGCCGGCACUUUAACCCUUCCCCGAUUACCGAAAAUCCUCUUCAACCACAACCCCGCGAUCGUGACGAUUCCAUACAUGCUGACUGCAGUGCCUUUGUGACCAUGACAGUUCUGGCCAGUCAGCGACCUGGAACUCAAAUGACAGCAUGAGCUACAGUACAUUCAAUGUGGAGCUCCCGCACCAUGUCGUCGCUGCUGGAUCGUCUCCCCAAUGAAUUACUGGAUCACAUCAUCUCCUACCUGGAUAUCGAGCCUCCAUCAUACACCCAACUCCAUCUAGAACCAGGUUCAAACAUUACCAUCUCCGGAAAAACACCCCUGAAGCAUCUGUCCCAGUCAUGCUCCUGCCUCGCCACCUUUGUGCGGCCUUAUCUCUUCGCCCAUGCUCGCCUGGUUCUUCAUUAUGAGCCAUCCGAAUUCUGCUCAUUCAUCCGGGAAUGGGGCCUGGCUCGAUAUAUCAAAUCCAUCACAGUACUCGUGAUGGAUAAAGAUCUUCCACAACGUGUCACUGGUCAUUGGCUAAUUGAGAUUUUCGAGUUUAUCGAUCCUCUACGGAUUACCAUCCUCGCCCCGCCAAGGAUCAUUGGCGAGGCACUGCAAACCCCGAUCGACGAGCAGCAUGGCUGGGCAUUCGAUAUCGAUCAGCAGAUUCUAAAACUUGAAAAGAACAGCUACGGCAACGUAGACGCCUAUCGGCCCCAUCCAUCGGAAAACCUACUCUGUACUCGUCCAUGGACGUCCCUCUCCUUCAAUGAGGGGUCCUCUCUGAAAGCCUACAACCAUUACGAGUACUUUUCCUCACACGUCCCCUCAGUGCUGAGCCAAUGGGGACAUGAAGAUCCUCCGAUGCACUUUCGAGCCGAAAUGGAGGACUAUUUUCGAGGAAUCGAAUCUCUGAGCUACACCGCAAUCUUUCCAUUUUACAACCACGUGGAAAACGUUAACAUUGUAAUGAGAUUGAUGCCACGUCUCCGCGUCGUGACUGUCCAAUUAGCCCCCGACGCAAAUAAUCACGCGACUGAGCUGGAGCAGCGCGGCUCGAUGGAUCCCAACGAUCCAUGGAUGGAAUUGGAAUCGGCUUAUUCGAUACUUGGGUUCAAUGUUCAGACUAAGACUUCUGUGCAGGAAUUUCGCAGUCGGGACUUUCAUGUAGAAGCAGUACGGUUGGAUCUUGAGAGUGCUUUGAGGGAGCAAUUGCCUGGCUGGACCCAUGAUGAUCGGGGCAAGUGGACAAGGCCGCCGUCCGGGGAGACCUCUUAA